AUGUAUCACGAUUUGAAGGAACAUUUCUGGUGGACAGGAAUGAAGAAAGACAUAGCAAGCCACAUCUCCAAAUGCCUGCAUUGUCAACAGAUCUCACCAACAAGAGGGGUUAUCCGAUUUGGGAAACGGGGAAAGUUAAACCCACGUUACAUCGGGCCAUUUGAGAUACUAGAAAGGAUUGGUCCUGUGGCAUAUCGCCUUGCGCUUCCACCUGAACUGUCUAAUGUCCACAAUGUGUUUCACGUUUCGAUGUUUCAUCGAUAUCUUCGGGAUCCAGAGCAUGUUGUUGAUUAUAAGAACCUGGAAGUUCAAGAAGACCUCUCUUAUGAAAAGCAAUCUGUACAUAUUCUCGAUUAUUGUGAUCAAGUUCUUCGAAACAAGACUGUACCUCUUGUAAAAGUCUCAUGGAGAAAUCAUCGCGUCGAAGAAGCAACAUGGGAAACUGAAAGCCAAAUACGAGCCAAGUACCCACACCUCUUCGAAAAGCAAGCUAUGCCAAGUUUGAAGACCAACUUCUUUUAA